AUGGGAUCGCUUUCCGCGGACAGAGGCACAGCUCGUGGUGUCUCCGGUCGCGAAGGAGCAGAUGGGCGGACGGCGUGGGCUUCCAUGUCGCUAUCCCCCUCGGCGGAGUGCAGCGACGACGCGGACGCUCGUCCCAUAAAGAGCGAGGGGCCGGCGACUCCAUCGCUGAUUGGCGCGGUGGGGCGGCCCCGCGGUGAUGGACGGGAGUGGGGGCUGACGCGUCGCUCGACGCCGCUGAGGAGGGCGGCGGAGCGGUACGGGUCAGGGGGCGAGAGGUGGGUGGCGGUCGCAUUGAGCUGA